UGAAGCAGGACGACGACCGACCAACCCCCAAGACUGGGGAGCGAGUUCACACAUGCGCAGCAGCACCGGCUUCUCUGAGUCAAGAGGGGCAGGAGGGAGAAGAUGAUGCGGCUGAGCAGUGCGCACGCACUACAUGCGUAAUUGGCCUACCGUAGUCAAUAGAUUUAUCUUUGCCUUGACUAGUUUAUUUGCCAAAUUGCCGUUUCAUGUCAAAGUUUACCCAGAGAGAGUGUAAAAAGUGACGAGAGGAAAAGGGAGAAGAGGCAGAAGAGCAGGGAGGAGGAGAAAGAGACAAAGAAGACGGCAGCAGUGGGUGAGAGGAGUUGGGCAUCAAAUUGCACCGGAUGUCAUUACACGCUUUGAAAUAUCCAGGACUAUAAUUGGAGACCAGAGGGCGAGCCAUGGAGGUUGUAACACAUUUUGUGAACGACACUGUAGAAUUUUACAAAUGGAGCCUUACUAUAGCAGACAAAAGGGUGGAGAAGUGGCCGAUGAUGUCAUCUCCCUUGCCCACACUGGCCAUCAGCUGCCUGUACCUGCUCUUCCUGUGGGCGGGGCCCAAAUACAUGCAGGACCGGCAGCCCUUCACACUCAGAAAGUCUCUUAUAGUCUACAACUUCAGCAUGGUUGUCCUCAAUUUCUACAUCGCCAAAGAGCUCCUAAUAGCCACAAGGGCAGCCGGAUACAGCUACCUCUGUCAGCCUGUCAACUACUCCGAGGAUGUAAAUGAAGUCAGGAUAGCAUCGGCUCUGUGGUGGUACUACAUCUCCAAAGGAGUGGAAUUCUUGGACACAGUUUUUUUUAUCCUGCGGAAGAAGUUCAACCAAGUCAGCUUCCUCCAUGUCUACCAUCACUGCACGAUGUUCAUCCUUUGGUGGAUUGGCAUUAAGUGGGUACCAGGAGGACAGUCAUUUUUUGGUGCAACCAUCAACUCUGGAAUACACGUCGUCAUGUAUGGUUACUAUGGUCUGGCGGCACUUGGACCUCACAUGCAAAAGUACCUGUGGUGGAAGAAGUACCUCACUAUUAUUCAGAUGAUCCAGUUCCAUGUGACCAUUGGUCACGCUGGCUACUCCCUCUACACCGGCUGUCAGUUCCCGCUCUGGAUGCAGUGGACUCUGAUUGGUUAUGCUGUCACCUUUAUCAUCCUCUUUGCCAACUUCUACUACCAUGCCUACAGGGGCAAACCUUCCUCGUCACAUAAAGGUGGCAAGCCAGUAGCAAACGGCUCAACUACGGUAACUAAUGGUCAUAGCAAGGCGCAGGAAGUGCAGGAAAAUGGCCAAAGGCAAAAGAAAGGAAGAGCAAAAAGGGAGUAGAGGUGGAGGUCGGGUUUGGUACAAAACAAUUACAGUAAAAACACAGUUUAACAGGGCAGAAGGAGUAACCACAGGGUCUUAACCAGAUCACUAUCCAGGCAACAACGAUGUGAUUUGUGCCCAAGAAGGAGAAUAUAACUAAAUAUGUAUUGGUUGUCAUAAACAGGGUCUGGUUUUGAGGAGCAAAGAUUAGUGUUGUUUUACUCCAUAUCAUUUUUUUUUACAAAAUUAAGGAAAAUUUGGAUUAUAAGGUCCAACUGUGUUGUGGAUCCUAAUAGAACAAAAAAGUAUUACAAUACCCACAAUCUGCUCAUCAUUUACUAUCAAAUAACUUUUACUUUUUGUACUCUGAAAUCAGUGUUAUUUUAAAUGAAGGCUUAAAUAGACUUGAAUAUGCUAAUUUAUUUUCUAGCGCUCUAACGUUUUAUUGAGAAAGCUAAUAUCAAAAUACAUCACGUACUAAUGUUUUAACCAAAGACUUUUCUUCAGUGUCAGAAAAGUGUUUGUUCAUAAAUAAUCACAUAUGAACCACGCCUGCAAUUUGUUCUUCACAUUAAUGGACUUCACACUUGUAUGUACUACUUACAGACUGACACACUGGUUUCUUUAUGUUCUUUGUGAAUUAGUAGGUUAUGUUAUGUGUCCUGGUGGUUUAUUUCUUUAUGCUGUGCAGUGUAGCUAAUGCGUAAGAAUAAGAUUUUUUUUUUAAUGUAAACUUAAUAUAUUUUUAAACAGAACGAGAAGAAUCCGCUUUGUGGCUGCACAUGUAAAGGAAAUAAAAGACCCUGUGAAGUACCGCCUUUAAU